AUGACGCCUGAGACAGCCACCGGGUGGCUCAGCGAUAUUCAGACCCGCAUCAAGCAAGACCUGAUGAAGAAGGUGGCUGAGAUGAUCGAGGUGAACAUCGCCAACUUCCACGUGCGGUUUGAGGACUUGCCGAAAGUGCGCCAUGAUUGCACCGCUAGCUGUCCAGGACUCGGUGACGCAGCCAGUGCCCUUUGCCUGCGGCUUUAA